AUGGUCCAACAAUGGAGUCGCGAAUCCAUAUUCGCGCGAAGCACCUUCAGAGAUUCAAACGAAACGCGACCACUCACUGCCAGCGCAGCGGAUAAUCGCAAAUUCUUUCCAACAAGACCAUUGCACCCUCAAUUAUCUAGCCACUCUUUUCAUCCACAAGACCCUUCUCGGCCGACUGUUCCUGCUUUCGCACUGCCCGUUAUCGAUUACCAUGUUCCGCAUCUCACGCAGACCCCUUGGGAACUUGAGCGCAGCAGAAGGAAUUCAUUAUGGCGUCGGUCGAAGCCAGCACCUAUGUUUCCAGCAGCAGUAUUCAAAAAUCUACCGAGGGAGGUCUAUGAUGCCAUUAUAGCACAGCUUGAACUGUUACGAGUCGCGCAUGAUUAUCGCUGUCCCUCAUGUUACUUGAAGGAUCUCUACAGCUUAUCACUGACAAGCCGCGCCUGGGACAGGGCCGCCACUGCAGUAAUGUACUCGAGAGUUUGGGUUUCGACAAACGAGGAGCACCCGAAAUUGCCAAAACUCAAGAUCAAAGGAGCAGCACGUCUCAAACUCCUCAGGCGGACACUUCGAGAGCGACGUGGCCUAUCAGCACUUGUUCGCGAGCUCCAUCUGUCGGAAUUUCAAUGGCUAUAUCAAUCGGCUAGCAUCGACCGCGAGGAAAUCGUCAAUUUGGUCGCCUCACUUGUAUACGCAUGUCCAAACCUGGAGCGCAUAGUAGGAUUCCAUGCACCAUACUCUCCCUCCUUCGACAGGCUGUCACAAGCCUUAUCGACGCGAAAAAAUAUGAAAGAGCGCAUUUGGGUCCUUUCUGGUGUCGACGAUGAUGAAUCUGAUGAAGAGGAGGAUAUUACACAACAUUAUUACCAUGCAGCAUGUGAUCCCACUGAGCGGUUCCUCGAACUGAACUCACAGUACAGAAAAUUGACGACAUUGGUUCUGCAUCAGGGCCAGCUACGUCCUGACAUUUCUCCAACGUUCCGUGCCAUUGUUGGCACUUGUCGACAACUCCCUGCCUUGCGCCACCUUACUCUCUCUGGACUACCGGCAGCUACGUUUUCCAAUUUGGCCCUGAACUCUCUCCCUCCAUACUUAGAGUCUCUACGAUUGGAGAACCUACCAGGUAUUAGCGACAAAGGGUUGGUUCGACUAAGCACUUCAUCGAGUCGCCUUUCACUGCAAAACCUUUCACUUAUCAAUCUUGAGAUCGCCAACCUAACGACCAUUUCCGGCAUCUUGUGCGAAAGAUUUCCCCAAUUGCGGAACUUUACAUUUUCCCAAUAUAGAAGUUUAUAUCUACCAUCAAACUUGGAACUGCCUUUUCUUCGAUCAAAGACAGUAUCCUACAUCCACUGGGAGAUCCGCUCCCAAGCCAGUCCUCUGCCUACCAAUCUUCCAUCAAUCACAAGUCGAGAGACAUUGCCCCAAUUUCCUUUCGGCAAUGCGGAACCUUUAUGCUGUCUGGCAACGUCACUUCUAGCAGCAAGUAUUAGGAACGGUCUGUUCCCAUCUCUUCGCAACAUUCGCAUUCCACAUGAUCCCCAGGGUCGCGUUCAGGAGACAUGUAAACCGCUAGCUACAGCUGUUCUACCUACAGAUCUCGACCCGUUCAACGCGACGAAUCGACGCUCAGUCAUCACUGCUGAGCAAGAACAACCCAACCUCGCCCACCUGAAGUCCAAGGAGCGAGCGGAUUCUGCCAAAUCCUUCCCAGCGAUUCUGGAAGCUGCAUUCAAGGACCACAAGAAAUCAUCCAUCUCGUCCAUCCCCUCAACCACCGUCAGCAGUAACACGAUAACCUCCAACAGCGCCCGCCCUAUAUUGCCCAUCCAUUCCCGACUCGCAGCUCAAGCCCGUAUUGUCGCAGCCCGUCGCCAGCCCACCGUCACUAUCCAAGUCACUGACCCAGCGGGGACGACAAGGGUCAGCAAUUCAACAUCUGGCUUCAUGGGAAAGCUUGGAUCGAACAUCAACUACGAUCUGCUCCCAGAUCGCGCUAGACUUUGUACCGAGCCAUUCGGCGAUGCUUUCGAAGACGACGACGACGAAAGUGAGGGGAAGAAUGCAUGGCUCACUGUUGUCAGAGAUCUCGCAGGCGGAGAUCGAGAUUUGGCGGGUCGAUCACAUUUUGUAGCCGCGCCAUGUGGUCACAUUUUACACUCCAGCAAGAGCACGUUGACCGCUGAGGAUCUCUUUUAG